UUUUGUAAACAAAAACUUCAGUGAUUUGAGAAAGAAGAAUAAUUUUAAUCCAAUUAUGUACACUGAAUUUUUAAUUUGAAUUGUUGUUCCAAGCUGCGACCCACUAAUACAACCCAAAUUUACAUAAUUCUGCAUUUUCUGUUACUUUUUGUGGCUUGCAGAAUAAUAUGCAUUGCUCAUGAAAGUGAUUAAGGAAUUAUUGGAUUUUGAGGUGAUCCAAAAACAGAAUCAAUAAAUCAAAAAUGAUAAAGAUUGUGGCUUUGAAUGAAGAGUCCCUCGAAGAAAGUGACGAGGAAGACGUCCAUUUGAUUACAAGAGAGGCUCAGGAGGACCAAGCUGUUGUGCAGUACAAAGAAGCUCUUGAACUGCAACGACAUGGGGAAACAGAAAAGUCCGCAGCUAUUCUUAGAGAAUUGCUUGCAAGCAGUUUGAUACAAGAGGUCGAGAAAUCAUCUAUCAGGCAGUAUCAGCCCCUCCUGGCCUUGAAGUACUCUUGCUUGAAAAAUUUGGCGAACCUAGAAUUAAAGGCAGGAAACAAAGAGGAUGCUCUGGAUUUCUUUCUUCAAGCUGUACGCUUGGAUGACACUGAUGUUUCCCUUUUAUACAAAGUGGGAUGUCUUGCCGAACAGCUCAAUAGAUUUGACUUGGCCGCAGUUUCCUUUCAUGAGGGACUCCAGUGCAGCCCGAAUCAUUGGCUUUGUUUGGACAGGCUUAUCACAGUGCUUUACGCUACUAAUGGCUACUUGACUUGUCUCAGUUUUGUUGCAAAGGGACUAGGUAGAGAUCCUGAGUAUACAAAAUGCUUGGUCUUGAGGGAUGCUAUGCUCAAGGAAUCGCCAUCAUUGGCUCAGCACUACAAGGAAUAUUUCCCAAAUUUACCACUUUCAAUGGAAGGAACAGCAGAGGAGACGGCUACUUUGGAAAUUUUGAAGGAAGCGUUGGAAAUGAGAAAGAAUUGGAGUGCAUCAGGAAAGAUCAAAGAGCGGGGGCCUAUAGGGCUGACAAGGCCUCUAGGCUCACUUACAUGGCUCUGUCUGGCAGAAGAGCUUUUGAGAUUGUUCAAAUAUGUUAGCACGGAAGGAAUUGAUGCGACUUCCAGCCAAAAGGUAGAUUUUGAGAGGAUCGAAGAAAUUGUUGCUGAGUUUACAUUCAACGAUAAUGAUGAAGAAAUGGAUGUUGAUGAUAGAUCUGAAAAACAAGAUGAGAAUGAAGAAGCAAACUCAAAUGGAAGCCGGAAGCACAGAAAGAGGUUGUUCCUGGAAAAUUGGGUGCUUGGUGGCCAGCGACGCUCUGCCCGCGUUCGGACAACCACUCGGAAAGACGAAGACACGUCUCUAGCCGAUUCUCUGAAAAGGCUAAUACCCAUGUCACUUCUGCCUGAUUGUUUGAAAGACGGAGGUCAAAGACUGAUGUUAGAUGACAAUUCCAUGGACACAAUGGACAUGUUCAAAAUCUUCGAGGAGAAGAACCAAAAUCCACUGCGAGUGUCCUCUAGGAGACCAUCUGCUAAUACUGUGGCAAGUAUAGCUGAGAACAUAGCAAAAGAAGAAUAUUUCGGCACUGAAAUUGAAAAGCAAGAGGUGACGGCAUUCAUUGAGGAACACAAGGAAAACUGGGGCGUUUAUAAUCUGAUAAUCGAUUAUGUGAAAAUUGUAGUGUCUAAGUGCAAACUAACAUGGCCCCAUAAACUUGUGUCUGCUUGGAUUGACUGUUAUCAGAUCAUGAGAAAGUCUCUUGUCCACGCUGCCCCAUUAUCAAAAGAGAUUGACGACUGUGAAUUGGAAGAAGACGCCCGGCUUUCAUUCCUGCAUGCAGAGCUGCUCUCUGAUAGGCUCAAGCGGCAGAAAGGCAGGUCUCCACCUAUGGUGCUGCUUGACGACUUGGCCCAACUGCAACUGAUGACCUGUUGGACAGCCGAGGAAGCAGUGACAGUCAACUGGCUUCGCGCCCACGUUGCUCUCCUGCAGAAAAAUACUGACUGGGCGUGCAGCUCCCUGCGAGCUGUAAUUGAACAACUGGAAAUGUUCCCAGAUGGAAUUACCUUAGUCAACUGCAAGGGCACAAUAAAUAAAGAUGAAACUGAGCAUCUACUCUCGUCGUUAGAGUGUAGCCAAAGUCUGGCGGGCGCUGAACAAUUUUGGCGUCAAGGAAUGUGGAAACAACUUGCCGAUCUUUUGGAAGGCAGUUUUCAGGUUCAGAGCCAAUUUGAAUUUCGACAUAUCCAACUUGAAAUGUUUGCUGAUGCACUUGUACGACUAGAGGAUCCGCUACGAAGUUUCCUCUGGGCUGAAGCGUCUCUCCAUGAGUCUGUUGCGCACUAUCUCAACAACCAGCAACCUGAAUGGGCAUCGUGCAUUGAGAAGAUUUUAGCUUGUCUGGUUUAUUGCCUUGAUGAAUAUGGAAUGGAGUCGACCAUUGGCAGCUUACCUAGUGGCCGCUUAUCUAGACUCUUUCAAGAUCUCUGCCAAAUUGUGUGCGCCCAGUUGGAAACAACAGAGAUGGUGAUGCCCAUUGAAAGUGUCGACCCUUGGAUUCUCCUACAGCAAAUUCUGGCUCACGAGGAACAAAACAGAACAACAUUUGAGCUUCAGGCAGUAAAUGAGGGUGAUGAACCUGACGAAAUUCCAGCAUCGAUAUCAGUCUUGUUUGUAGCACACGAACAUCUUGGUCGUCGUUCUUGGUGUUGUGCUGACGAUGGUUCUUUGCUGCUUUUUGCUCUCGACCAGAUUGUUCCCAAACUGAAGAGCGAAGAGUUUGCAUCAUUCCGAAGCAAACUCUCUCCGCACAUUGAGCAAAUGUUCUUCUGUCUUUAUGAAUAUCCCACAACGAAGAAACCCAAAGGCCGGUCCGCUCUUCAGGAACAUUCGGUGCCUCACAUAGAAUUAACCUUUGAAAGAGCACAGCUAUUGCUAGAGUUUUAUCGUCCUGAUGAACUUCCAGAGUUUGACUCGUACCGAGUUGGCUCGAUAAGUGUAGAUGCUGAGAAUUUGAUCAAAAAGAUUAUAACUCUAGCACCUCAAGAAUGCAACCCGCAGAAAACACUGGAAAACCUUCGACUUUGGAUUGAAGGAAAACUCGAAAAGUUUCCACCGACUGAGCACAAACUUUUGCCUGAAGGCUUGAAGGACAUAAACUAUCUGCUAGCUGACUAUUACUUUAAGAACAACGAGCUUCCAAAGGCUGUCAGAUAUUACAUGCUGGACUUGUGCCACAACCCUAGCCGUCUAGACGCCUGGGCUGGAAUGGCGCUAGCAAGAGGUAGUCAGCUAGAAACACAACUAAACUCCUGUAGUGCCAUAAAUGAAACAGAUUUUAUCAAAAGGGCUGAGAAAGCAGAAAAGUGCUAUGAACAAGUCAUGAAAUUGUCAGAGGGCAGGCACACGGUAAUCUGCAUCGAGUAUGGGUCGUUUGUGUACAUGAUUCACUCAUAUUGUGCCCGUCUUCUGAAACAAGCCACCGAUACGCUGAGCAUUGAACAGUUUGAAAUUUUGGAAAACAAGAAAAGCUCGGCUCUAGACACAGCCGAAUCCUGUUUCAAAAAAGCAAUGAAUGCCUGGACACAGGGGUCCGAAGAAGACCAAGACGAGCGCUGGCUGCACCACUACAUGCUCGGCAAAGCAAGUGAGAAGAGGCACCAAGACCCGUGGCAGGCCCUUGAGCAGUACCUUGAAUCAGCAAAAUUGCUCAGUGAACACAAAUCGGCUUACCCCGUCAAAGUCAGCUACACCAACCCAACUGAGCUGAGCAUUGAAGCUCUGGAAGUUCACUAUCGUAUCCAUACGUGUAUCCUCAAGCAUUUGGAAUUCCACGAAGGAAAGACUUUACCAAAUGCACAGAAGUUGAAAAAAAUACUUUUGGGACAACAACAAGGUCCUUUUGGUGCCGAUAAUAAAGAUGAUUCUCGUAAACGAAAAGCUGAGUUGGAACCUGGAGAUGUAAGCAAGAAGCCUAAACAGGAUGAAGGUCUACUGGGAACUGCUCAACCUGAAGAAAAUCAAGAUGAGCCAGCCAGAAGGGUUUCGCAAGAGAGCAGCACCACCAUCACAACAAGCACUUCACACUCGACCUCCAGCUCCUCAUCAUCAAGCGACGACAGCAGCAGCUCUAGUAGUGAGAAUGAGAAGCAAGCGGAGACAGUGCCUAAAGUUGAGGAGCAAUUUGAUCCGCUGAAAGAUCAUGGAGAGCUUGUGGACUUGUGCUUGGCAGCUCUUGAGGAUUGUGCCAUUCGAUUCCCUGAACAUUACAAAUCGCUGUAUCGCUUGGCUCAAUAUCAUUUCAAAUCAAAGCUUCGGAAGGAUGUAAAUAAGUGCAAAAACUUUUUGCUUGGACCUCAUCCCAACACUAAGUUGCAUGGACUUUUCCAAGAUCGGAAACCAAGCAACUUUUUUAAUGGUGUUUGGCGCAUUCCAGUGAAUGAAAUUGACAGGCCAGGGUGCUUUGCCUCGCACAUGUACCGCUCCAUGGUUCUGUUGAUGGAGCUUGUGAAGGAAACUAAGGAUUAUCGCAUGUUAGUUGAUCUAUGUCUACAGCUAAAGAGGACCCCAGAUCCAGACAAGAAAUAUCUGCGAGAUAAUGAGAGGAAAGACCUCAGCGAGCAAGCUCUACUUUUGGCAGUCCAAGUAAUCCGACAAGUCCUGAAAGAUUCUAAGCCAGAGGAAUUGGUUUCUUUGAUUGUGGAAAUUUACAAAAUGAUGCAGAAAGUUCAACGAGUGCAACAAAACAAGGAGCCUCAAGCUCUCGGGAAACUUCUUUGUGAUUCUUACUCGCUCCAUCUUCUUGGAAAGAUUGAUCCAAAGGCGACGACCAUUGAUGCUGCCAUGAAAUUUGCCCAACAAGAGCUGGCUCGGGCAAAGAUGGCUGCAAAGGCAGCUGAAAUUACUUCCAUCGCCUCAAACUCCAGUGCAUCCGUAUCAGAUUCAAAUGUGCCGUCAAUGGCCACUCCUGUGAUGCCAAUGCCGAUACGCAAACCACCAGCUAUGCCAGGAACCUCUCGACGUGGUCGUCCCCCACUCAGCCGGCCACCUGGGACAACAAGUGGUCGCGGAAGGGCAAAAUCUUCUCCCUACUCAAAUUACUUCCCUAAUCCAUUUGGACAGCUGGAUACAGCAUCUUUGGGCUACUUGCAGAAUGAACUGAUGCGCCAAAUGAUGCAGGGCUACACGGCCGCGUUAACAUCGGCGGUUUCUCAAGUUCCAGCAAUGCAGUCCAUGCAGUCGAUGGCUGCAAAUGCUGCUAUGUCUUCUAUGAGUUCUAUGGCAGGAACCUCGGCGCAGCAGGGACUUGCAAACAACUCCCCAAUGCAGAAAAUAGCCAAAAGUCGGCCAAAUCUCUCCGUUACUCCAGUUGGCCUCGAGAAGCCAAAAUCUCUCCCCAAACACAACACUCAAAAGACUGUCAAGAGGCUGCUGGAACAGUCAAGGAAAAUGCUGGAAACGGCAAGUAGGAUGCAGCAGUCUCCUCGUAAACAAUCCCCCCUGCCACAUUUGCCACCAGGCAUCGUCGCCUCGGCAAUCCCUAAGCAAAGCAGUGGGCCGGUGAGAAGUGCUGCUCCUGGUCCUUCAAUGUCAAAGAAGCCUCUUAUGGGUCCAGACACCCCAGUCACCCUUACCAAGUUGCCAUCUGGUGGGCGCAAUUCUCCCAUUUCUCUUGUCAAACCACGCCAAUCCUCACCAGUCGAGCUCAUAAGGAAAAUGCCGACUCCGAAAGGUUAUUCUCCGAGACCUCAAGUUCCUCAAGGGUGGCCGUCGGGCGGCUUGCCAAAGCAAAUGCAGCGAAACCUGCCUCCCAAAAAGCAGCAUUUGCAGAGACCUAUGGGGUCUGCUCAUCACACCAGUGCUCCGUUCGCGCCGAGACCCUCGACAAGUUCUCAAUCCCAUCCGAAACCACAGCCGGCGCACAUGGCGAGCAGGAUGCCGAGCGCACUAGCUGCGUCCGUCAAAGACUUCCACUUCCCCAGUGACAUUUCAGUGUCUCACUCGGUUAUUCAGCACACCAAGCAACACCAGCAGUUCAAUCUUCCCAGUUCCAUUUCUGUUACGCCCGCCCCAAUCCAGCCCCCAAAGCAACUUCCACCCCCAAAACCACCCACACCUAAGGAGCAGCCCAAGAGGAAGCUGUCAGAUGAUAUCAUAAUACUUGAUUGACAGUAGGUUUUGAUACUUCAAUGCAUCCCAAAAUCCUAAUUGAUGUAAAACUGAUUAAAAAUCUCAUUUAUUUAUUUUAAAUAUAGUCUAUAGUGAAAAGAACAAAGUGUGUAAUGAUUAAAAAUGUGUCCUCUUUGCUGCGUUGAUAUACGCGCGUAAAUAAAAUUAUUUUUAA